AUGAAGACCAAGAUGGUGAAUCCCUUUAUCGAAAGCAAAAAAGCUUGUGAUGUUUUCAUUAACCAUAGAGGCAUCGACACCAAGAGAACUAUAGCCACCUUACUCUACGACCACCUUUCAUGGCUAAACCUACAACCUUUCUUGGACAACAAGAACAUGAAACCCGGAGAUAAGUUGUUCGACAACAUCGACAACGCGAUACGGAAUUGUAAGAUCGGGGUCACGGUUUUCUCGCCGAAUUAUUGCAAAUCCUACUUUUGCCUUCAUGAAUUGGCUCUAUUCAUGGAGUCCAAGAAGAAGGUUAUUCCAAUCUUUUGCGACAUUAAACCUUCGGAACUCCGUAUUGUGAACAAUGGCAAUGUUCCUUUGAAAGAUUUAGAAAGGUUCAAUUUGGCUCUUGAGGAAGCUAAAUAUACCGUAGGACUCACGUUCAACUCUUCAAAAGGGAAUUUGUCUGAUGUCGUGAAAAAUGCUUCCGAAAUUGUGAUCGAAAGCUUGAUUGAGAUGGAAAGCGAGCAAAAGAUAAGAAGAAAAGAAGUUGAAAGCCCUAUAAAAAGUGGAUUCGGUAGACCUCUCCUCUUAGUAAGAACAUAG